GGAACAGAAAACGCAGCAUCUGUUUCUGUGCUACCUAUUUUUUUUAGAACCGGAAAUGAAUGUAAUGUCAAACAUGGCGCCGCCCAUGUCACGGUGAAAUGUUCUCGGGUUUAAAAUGUAUUGAUCUUUUCUGAAAACCAGACGAGUGGAGUAGUUUUGAGAGGGCUUCGGUUUUUCUUUCGGAGGCGCUGAGAGGUGGUGAGGAGGAGGGGAUGUCUCUGCGGGGAGUCGGCCGCGGGCUGCGACUGUUUUUAGGUCAAAUACAGAGAAAUGUGACCACAAAACAGACAGCUCGGUGUUUGAGUCAGACUUCCUCUCAGCCGGAGCCCAGCGCGGAUGGAAAUGAAGACGUGAACCCGACCUUCGAGAACAGAAACCCCCGGAACCUGGAGCAGAUGGCCCUGGCGGUGAAGGACCGGGGCUGGAAAACCACAUGGCCCUCCCGGGAGUUCUAUCACAGGCUGAUGUUUUCUCGCAGCCAGCAUCACGUCACCGCCGAGGUCUUCUCCAGCACGUCUCCUGUCCCCGUCCUCUCCUGCUCAACCAAAGAGUGGGCGCUGAAGAGGGAGCUGGCUUCCACCAACUGCGUGUCUGCGUGUCAGGCCGUGGGCGAGGUGCUGGCACAUCGCUGCCAGCAGGCCGGCAUCACCAGGAUGGUGUACCGGGCCAUUCCCUGGACGUACCGCUCCGAUGGCGUUCAGGCCUUCAGGAAAGCAAUGAAAGAAGGAGGAAUCAUCCUCAGUGAACCCAGGAGGAAAUACAUCGGGACCUGAAUUAAUCUGUCCUCAUCAGUUGUUUUGUAUAAAUGUCGUCAGUACCGUUCUCAUUUUGUUCUUCUGUAAAUUAUCUCUGAUAAAAGUUGGCUCGUCUUGCAGUCAUUAACAAUCUGCGGAAGUCAUGAAAGCCCUUCAGAAUAAAGCUUUUGCAAGUC